AUGUCUAAAUGCGACAAUUGUGAUAAGUCCAUAACAAAACAGUCACCUAGGCUUGAGUGCAACAAUUGUGGAAAAAUAGUACACGCCAAUCAAUUAUGCAUAGGCUUAUCUUCGAAGCAGCUAUCAGCUCUGCGCAAUGCUGAAAACCUGGAGUGGACAUGUGAGGAUUGUCGUAAAGAAUCGCCUCAUCGUAAGUCUUUCAUAAUUCCGGAGGACGAUGACGAUGAUACUGAUGGGAUUCAGCUGGGUGAAAGCGGUUCGACAGCGAUGAGUAAAUUACUUCUUAAUAUCUCACUUGAGGUAAAGAAAGCAGUGAAAAUGGAACUGGCCUCUGUGAACGAAUCGUUAAGCUCAUGGUGUAUAAAAAUGGAUACUAUAAAUGCUACACUGGAAAUCCUAACUGAGAAAGUUAAAGACUUGGAGAAGAAAAACAUGUGCUUGACAAAUCAAAAUACCCACUUGGAAUUAAAAGUUAAUGCUAUGGAACAACAAAUCAGAAAUAUGGAACAAAAACAGUUGGAUAAUGUACUGAAAAUAACAGGAAUUUCCAAAGAUAAGGACGAGAACUUGGAAAAACUUUCAAGUAAACUAGCCUCGAAACUAAACAUAGAGAAACGUCAAGUAUCAAUGGUGAAGAGACUGAAAGGCAGGUACGGUAAAGAAGGUGUGAUACAGGUAGUAUUGCAAAAAGAGGAGCAGGUUGACCAGUGGAUCCGCGCUGCACGAACGGAAACAAUUGCUUUGGAAGAUAUAACUCCAAAUGCCCCUAAUCCUGAAGUAGCCAAGAGAAGAGUGUUACUUCGGCGUGCACUAACCAAAGCAAAUAAAACACUUCUGUGGCAAGCUAAACAAACCUUGAAGGAAACUUACAAAUAUAUUUGGUUCCAGGUAAAGUUUUGGCUCGUAAAUUUGACAAUGAUAAGCCCGUUAUCAUAA